AAAUGGCUGCUUUCACCUCUUGCCUUUUCUCUUCACCCUGUUGUUGUUAUUGUUUGUGUUCCCGAUUGGUGGAGAAGACGUCCAAAUCAUGGCUCAAAACCCCUCAGCAGUAAACAACAAAAAGGAAGUGCCCGACAGGCGAACAUGCAUUCUUGACACCGUCCUCGACGCCAUCGGCUCCACCCACUGCAUCCGACUCAAUCACGUGCCGAAGA